UCCGACGCUCGGCGCAGCGCGGGUCCGGCAUAUCCGGGAGCCGAGCCCCGGCCUCUGCGCAGCCUGGCGGGCCGGCGGGGGGAAGCCUCCAGGCAGAGCUGAGAGGGAAGCAGCUGCGUCCCUGACCUCGGACCUCGGGCGCCUCUGGGGCAACGCUUAGUGGGCAGAGCCGCCUCUGAAGUCCGGGGGACCUGGGUUUGUGUCCUGCGUGGGACACGUCUAGCGAGGUGAUGGCCACGGUGCAUUGCCAGGGACUGAGCUCCGGAUUCAGCCCACUUCAGCUAAAAACAUGAAGAAGACAUAACUGGUCACAGAGGAGAAGAAUGAAAUAGAUGGGGCAGCAGUCACAUCUGGAGCAGAACCACCUUGAGGAACCAGUGUCCAUGACCAUCUUUGGCAACUGACAUCACAAGGAAGACUUACGGACUUGGGAGUGUUCAGGAGAAUCAUUCCCCAAGAUAUGGAGCUUGGGGGCCGAAUGCUCUGGGCCCUCCUGUCUGGCCCUGGGAGGAGGGGAGGGACCAGGGGCUGGGCCUUCAGCUCAUGGCAACCCCAUCUGCCUCUGGCUGGGUUGUUGAAUGCCAAAGAACUGGUCAGGCACUGGACUGCAGUCUUUGAGAAGAGGGGGAUCCCUGAGGCCCAGGCAUCCAGUGAGUACAUCGUGGCUCAUGUCCUUGGAGCCAAAACAUUUCAGAGCCUGAGGCCAGAACUUUGGACACAGCCCCUGACCCCUUGGCAGUUGCAGUGCAUCCAGGAGCUAAGUAGCCGCCGAUUGCAAAGGAUGCCUGUGCAGUACAUCCUGGGUGAAUGGGACUUUCAAGGGCUCAGUCUGAAGAUGGCCCCCCCAGUGUUCAUUCCUCGCCCGGAAACUGAGGAGUUGGUUGAGUGGGUGCUAGAGGAGGUAGCCCAGAGUCCCUGUGCAAUGGGAACCCAAGAUGGCCCCCUCAUCCUGGAGGUGGGCUGUGGAUCGGGAGCGAUCUCCCUCAGUCUACUGAGUCAGCUUCCCCAGAGCCGAGUCAUUGCUGUGGAUAAAGGAGAAGCUGCCAUCUGUCUUACCGAGGAGAAUGCUCAGAGGCUUCGGUUGCUGGACAGAAUUCGGAUUGUCCCCCUCGAUGUGACCUUAGAAGGGAGCUGGGCGCACCUCCUGCCCUGGGGCCCCGUGGACCUGGUUGUCAGCAACCCUCCCUACAUCUUCCACCAGGACAUGGAGCAGCUGGCCCCUGAGAUCCGCAGCUAUGAAGACCCACUAGCCUUGGAUGGUGGGGAGGAGGGCAUGGACAUCAUUAUCCACAUCUUGGCCCUGGCACGUUGGCUCCUGAAGGACUCUGGGAGCAUCUUCUUAGAAGUGGACCCAAGACACCCAGAGCUUGUUGGCAACUGGCUUCAGAGCCAGCCUGACUUGUCCCUUGAUCUCGUGGCUAUGCGCAGAGACUUCUGUGGGAGGCCCCGGUUCCUGCAUAUCCAGAGGUCUGGGCCACAACGUGGCUGCCCUGCAGAUGCCUGGCCAGGGCCCCAGCCUGCCAGAGUGCCUGGCUGAUAGUUCUUCCUGGAAUGCUACUCGGAGGGAGGUGAUGGUACCUUCCAGAACCCAGGUGCAUUUGACAUUUCACAUGGUUCUGUGAUUCUACAUUUCUGUAUGUUCUAUAUAUCCUAGGAGACUUGAGGGUAGAAGCAAGGGUGGAGUGGCAAAGAACAAGGGCAUCUAUAGUUUGGCUCAGAGCUGAGCAGGCCCAGGAUCCCAGUCUGGCUCCAUCACAUCAGUGUGGCCAAGGGCAGGUUGCUCAAUGUCUCUGUGGGUGGAAUUGCCUUGGGGAAGUUGGGAGGUUGGCCAAUAAAGUGUUGAGAGACCAACAAA